AUGAUCUUGCCACCCAAAGACAGAACCAGCCAUCUUCACAUUGAUAGCCUCGAGUCUCUGUCAUCAGGACCAUUUGGCGCCACGCGAUUGGCCCUACUAGACGUCAGUGCUUUGGAGAUCGGUUGCCAACCGGCUGCUGGCCACGCCUGCGCCAAGAACAUGGACCCACCGAGGGACUUAAGAGCGCCGUCGUGUGGAGGGUCCUCUUGUGCACCGCAUUCACACUCUCUGUUCGUCUGUCCGAGCCUUGUUGGGUUGACACGCGACUCAUGCAAGAUGCACUCCUGUCGCGAGGGCAUCUCGCCAACCCAUCUCUGA